AUGCGGAGGACGCGCGGUCUUCCACGUCGGGACUAUAAUGCUCUACACAAUGGCUUGGUUUCUUCGCCUUCAGAGCAAUCUGAGGAAUCUACCUGUGAAAGACACCCUUACUCUCCUGAGCUCUCCCCAUCUAGGGACCCAGAAGACACACCUCACUCGAAGCGAUCUUACUCUUUGCUUAGCUCCUCGCCCUCCCCGCUUGAUCCUGCGUUUUCGGAGAGCAGGAGCAAUACGAGUAGUCCGCACCCGUAUAAAAGACGAAAACCCAAGUCGUAUUCUAGUUGGACCAUUGAGCACUUUUGGACCACAGAUCUGGAUAACACUUGGUGUCGGCAGGGUGGCCCACCGAAAAAAGACCGACUGCUUAUUUGCAAGCAUUGCAGCUGGUCCUCCAGAGAUUCAGCACGCUACGGUUCCACUUCGAAUUUAUUGGUGCAUCUCGAGACCAAGCAUCGUAUCAAGUCUGGGCCGGACUCCAUCUUCUUACCCGCGGUCGAAGGAAGCCUCGACCGGUUCUUGGAGUCACCGAGAAAGAAGGCUAGCGUUGAAGAAAUGCUAGUCCAAUGGGUCAUUCAAACAAGACAGCCUUUCACAGUGGUGGAGCAGCCGGCUUUCAGGGCACUUAUCGAAGCAACGGGGACUACUUUGCCCAUCAAAACCGCUGAUACUCUCUUUAACCGAAUUAAGGAGGAAUUCCACUCGGGUAGGGCUUACGUGAAAAAUGAACUUGCCAGGAGUAGCCGGACACUCGCAUUAUCUCUUGACGUGUGGACGUCAGAAAAUCAGAUUGCGAUAAUGGGUAUUAUUGGUCAUUGGAUAUCCCCUGAUUUCGAAAAGCGAGAAGAGCUUCUUGAGUUCACCGAAAUUAAUGGACCUCAUUCUGGAGAGAACCUAGCGGAAGUUGUACUGAAGAUGCUCGACGAGCUAGACAUCGCGCCUAAGCUCCUGACCAUCACGGGGGACAAUGCAGGCAAUAACGGGACACUCUGCGAUAGCCUGCAUGACCAGAUCCUCAAGAAGUAUGAUAAUGACGAUGACCGCUUUCGCAUCAGGCCUCUGAUGCGGUUCCGUGGAUUCCUUGCCUUGCCCAUGUCCUCAAUCUGA